GGGGUGGAGGCCACGCUGAAGCCGGUGGGGCGGGAGCGCGGGGAAGCGAUCUCCGCGGCCCGCGCACUCCCCUGGGACUGGCACCUCGCUCCGUGGGUGGGACACAGGGCCCUGCAGGGGAAAGUGAAGUGAUGAAGCACAUUUGAUUUGGAGACAGAAGCCAGAAACUCCUCUGCCUUGCCGCGUGCCAGCUGUGUGAUCCCAGGCAAGUCCGUUUACAGACAUUCCCGGGCCUUGGUCCUGCUGUAUGGAACCGCUGUGGCACAGUCCUCAGCAGACAAGGAAAUGAGAAAAAUACCAAACAAUGGGAACCGGAGGAUGACAAAGGUGGCGUACCCGCUGGGGCUGUUCGUGUGCCUGUUCAUCUACGUCGCCUACAUCAAGUGGCACUGGGCCUCCGCCACCCAGGCCUUCCUCGGCAUCCCCGAGGUGGCCACGGGGGCCCGGCGGGGCCAGCAGUCCCGCAGUCCCCCGGGGACAGCUGCCCGCGGGCCUGAGGUCUUCUACGGCAUCAUGUUCGACGCGGGGAGCACUGGUACCCGAGUGCACGUCUUCCAGUUCAGCCGGCAGCCUGGAGAAACGCCCACCUUGACCCAUGAAACCUUCAAAGCCCUGAAGCCAGGUCUUUCUGCUUAUGCUGAUGACGUUGAUAAGAGCACCCCAGGAAUUCAGGAGUUACUGGACAUUGCUAAACAGGACAUACCCUUUGACUUCUGGAAGGCCACCCCCUUGGUCCUCAAGGCCACAGCUGGCUUACGUCUGUUACCAGGAGAAAAGGCUCAGAAGUUACUGCAAAAGGUGAAAGAAGUGUUUGAGGCGUCGCCGUUCCUCGUAGGGGACGACUGUGUUUCCAUCAUGAACGGGACGGACGAAGGUGUUUCCGCGUGGAUCACCGUGAACUUCCUAACAGGCAGUCUGAAGACCCCCGGGAGGAGCAACGUGGGCAUGCUGGACCUGGGCGGAGGGUCCACCCAGAUCACCUUCCUCCCGAGAUUCGAGGGCACCCUUCAGACCUCCCCACCCGGCUUCCUCACGUCCCUCCAGAUGUUUAAUAGGACCUACAGGCUCUACUCCUACAGCUACCUGGGGCUGGGCUUGAUGUCGGCGCGGCUGGCGGUUCUAGGCGGCGAGGAGGGAAAACCUGCUGAGGAUGGAGCAGAGUUGGUCAGCCCUUGUUUGUCUCCCGGUUUCAGAGGAGAGUGGGAGCACGCUGAAGUGACGUACAGGGUUUCAGGACAGGAGGCAGCGGGGAGCCUCUACCAGCUGUGCGCCCGCCGAGUGUCCGAGAUCCUCCGAAACAAAGUGCACAGGACGGAGGAAGUGAAGGACGUGGAUUUUUAUGCCUUUUCCUACUAUUAUGACCUUGCCGCAAAUGUGGGCCUCAUAGAUGCAGAGAAGGGAGGCAGCCUCGUGGUCGGAGACUUCGAGACUGCGGCCAAGUACGUGUGCCGGACGGCGGAGACCCAGCCGCCGCGCAGCCCCUUCCUGUGCCUGGAUCUCACCUACGUCAGCUCGCUGCUCCACGGGCUCGGCUUCCCGGGGGACAAAGUGCUGAAGUUGACCCGGAAGAUUGACAACGUGGAGACCAGCUGGGCUCUGGGGGCCACUUUUCAUUACAUCGACUCCCUGAGCCGACACAAGAGCCCCACCUUGUAG